GCCUGUCUGCUGUCUGUCAGUAAAAUUUGACAGCUAAAGAAAACAGGAAUGUCAGUCAGAAAACAGAAAUAAAUUCAGAAUUUCUUUCGAAAAUCAGAAAGAAUUUCGUACUUUGAUUUUUAAAAUCACUUUGUGCACAAAUACUACAUCAUAAUCAAGAUGACCAACGAAGAACCGUCAGAUUUAGAUUGGGUGCAAUUGCGCCGCGAAAUGGGAGCGGUACAGCAUGGAGAGACUUCAGCCCAAAAAUUCUCCCGGAAGUUUUAUGCAAAUCCAUUUGUUCCGAUAGGUGCUUUAGCAACUGCCGCUGCAUUAUCAUAUGGCUUGUGGAGCUUCAAAACUGGUCUAACUCGAAUGUCUCAACAGAUGAUGAGACUCAGAAUUCUCGCUCAAGGAUUUACUAUCACAGCUCUCGUUGGUGGUGUUAUUAUGACUGCAGGAAAGAACUUUUAAUGAUUUUCAUGGAAUACUACUUUCUUGCUUAAAAACAAAAUAAAUCCCAUAUUAACUAAGAUAAAAUUAAUGAUAGUCAUUCAUUUUGCAGUCAUUUCAACAAUGGUACCUACCAACUUGUGCUGUAAAAGUGUAGUUUUCGUUAAUAAAUUAUUUGAAAUAUUUUUAGUGU